UCACCAGUGUGUCACCUUGCUGUUCACGGCCGGUGGUGGCGGUUGUGAGUGUGUGAGACACCCCCAGGAAAAUAAAACAUCGCAGCCAUGGCAGCCGCGUCGCAUUCAGGAAAACCCAAAAGCUCCCCAAAGUCCAUCAAGUUCCUGUUCGGCGGCUUGGCUGGGAUGGGAGCUACGGUGUUUGUUCAGCCGCUGGAUCUGGUGAAGAACAGGAUGCAGUUGAGCGGUCAGGGUUCAAAGGCUCGCGAAUAUAAGACAAGUCUGCAUGCUGUGGCCAGCAUCCUGCGCAAUGAAGGUGUCCGGGGCAUUUACACAGGUCUCUCAGCUGGUCUCCUCAGACAGGCGACCUACACCACCACUCGUUUGGGGAUUUACACAAUUCUGUUUGAGAAACUAACGAAAACAGAUGGAACUCCUCCGAAUUUCUUCAUGAAGGCGCUGAUCGGAAUGACGGCCGGAGCCACGGGAGCAUUCGUCGGCACUCCGGCAGAGGUGGCGCUCAUCCGGAUGACCGCAGACGGCCGUCUUCCCCCUGAUCAGAGGAGGGGUUACACAAAUGUCUUUAACGCCCUCAUCCGAAUCACCAGGGAGGAGGGGCUCACAACAUUGUGGAGGGGCUGUAUACCCACCAUGGCCAGGGCAGUGGUAGUAAAUGCAGCACAGCUGGCGUCUUAUUCACAAUCUAAACAGGCUCUGUUGGACACGGGUUAUUUCUCCGAUGAUAUCUUGUGUCACUUCUGUGCCAGUAUGAUCAGCGGACUCGUCACCACGGCCGCCUCCAUGCCAGUUGACAUCGCUAAAACCAGGAUCCAGAACAUGAGGAUGAUCGAUGGCAAGCCGGAAUACAAGAACGGACUUGACGUGUUGGUGAAGGUGGUGAGGAAGGAGGGAUUCUUCAGCUUGUGGAAGGGUUUCACGCCGUACUACGCCCGUCUCGGCCCACACACAGUCCUCACCUUCAUCUUCCUUGAGCAGAUGAACAAAUUCUACAAGAUUUACUUCCUGGACUCAUAGAGUUCUAACAGGAACUCUCAGCUACGGUUCUGAGCUGUUUUCAGGGGGGUGUGAGAGAGAGAGGUGCAGCAUCCUGUUUUGUGUUUUCUAACACACUAUUCUUGACUUCCCCUUACUCAUAAGUGAGGUCGUCACCCAAGUCUCAUCAGCUAACUAGCGAGAGUCCUCUGCACUAGUGUGCUAAUUAGCUGGUAGAGUAAUGUGGGAGUGUUGCAUAUUUUAUUGCGCACUGUCCCAUCUGUAAAACUGCUUCAUCUGCCUUUGUCAUGUCGAUUUCUGACUUGAGCAGAAUGAUUCUUUAGAUGAAGGGGAAGUCAGCAAGGGUGUGUUUGAGAGGUUUUGGAACACAGCCACUGGUCUUACUGUUGUACUGAUCGUCUCAUUGUUCGCUGUGUGUCCUGGUGGGGGUUUGUUUUUCUUUCGCACACUGACCCAGAGGGACUCUGCUCAGAACCCUGUGCCGUUUAUUGGACUUUAAGAACAAACAGUGCAAGGAACAAAAAAAAAAAAAAAGGUUCCUGUCUUGUACAUGAAGCUGCACAAUGAUAGAGAUUAUUUUCUGUCCCUAAAUUAAAAAGACUGAGUCUGAAUUCCUUGGUGUAAAUCCAGUCUUAGUGUGUGCAUGUGUGUGAGAGAGAGAGAGAGAGAGACAGACACUUAAUGACCUUUCUAAAUCUUUCUUUUUGUAUCAUGUCUCCCAUCAGUUCUACCAAUAGACUGUAUGAAUAAAGUGUUAAACAAGCACAUGGGGUAAAGAUCAUUAAAUACAUCCUAUGA